CCAUAAGUAUCACACACUCCCAUAGAACAGAGUUUGUUGAAUUGGGGUUACAACACAGUGUGAAGACUUGUGAUUCCAAUUGCAACAUUGUUCUACUUAGAAGAACACACACAACCAAUACGAUGUUGAAAAUCUUCUCCAAAAAACCAAAGCCAAAAGAGGUUCUUCGUGAGAGUAAACGAGAAAUGGCAAACGCCACUAGAGGUAUAGAGAAAGAAAUUAGAGGAUUACAACUUGAGGAAAAGAAGCUAGUAGCUGAGAUAAAGAGAACUGCUAAGACGGGUAAUGAGGAUGCGACUAAAAUUCUAGCGCGCCAGUUAGUCCGGCUUAGGCAACAAAUUUCUAAUCUUCAAAAUAGUCGAGCUCAGAUGAGAGGCAUGGCAACUCACACACAGGCACAGUUUGCUCAAUCUUCUGUUUCUGUUGGUUUGAAAGGUGCUAGUAAGGCAAUGGAAGCGAUGAAUAAGCAAAUGGCACCUGGAAAGCAAGCCAAAGUUAUUCAAGAGUUCCAAAAACAAACAGCGCAAUUGGAUAUAACUACUGAAAUGAUGUCAGAUGCCAUAGAUGAUGUCUUGGAUGAUGAUGAAGCAGAAGAGGAGACAGAAGUUCUCACAAAUCAGGUGCUCGAUGAAAUUGGUGUGGAUCUUGCUUCACAGUUAUCAGCAGCUCCAAAAGGGAGACUCAAAACAAAGAAUACCGAAAAUGUCAGCAGCUCGGAAGUUGAUGACAUUGAGAAGCGUUUGGCAGCUCUUAAAAAUCCAUAACUUUUGUCUAGGAUUUUGGUUUUCAAACUCAGUUGUAAAAACUAUAAUUCUUUUCAGAUCACCUGUGUUUUGGUUGGAAUUCAGAAAUUCAAUGUGUAUAUUCUUCUUGAA